AGGAGACGCCCCCGCGCCGCGCCAGUGCCGCAGCUCGGCCGCGCGCUCUCCCCCUCGAGGGACAAACUUUUCCCAAACCCGAUCCAAGCCCUCGGACCAAACUUGUGGCGCGUCGCCUUCGCCAGGAGCGGUCCGCGUAGAGCGUGCAUUUCUCGGGCGAGAUGUCCGAGCGCAAAGAAGGCAGAGGCAAGGGGAAGGGCAAGAAGGACCGAGGCUCCGGCAAGAAGCCCGCGCUCCCGGCGGGCGGCCCGAGCCCAGCUUUGCCUCCCCGAUUGAAAGAGAUGAGAAGCCAGGAGUCUGCCGCGGGCUCUAAACUAGUGCUUCGAUGUGAGACCAGCUCCGAAUACUCCUCUCUCAAAUUCAAAUGGUUCAAGAAUGGGAAUGAAUUAAACCGCAAGAACAAGCCACAAAACAUCAAGAUACAAAAAAAGCCAGGGUAAGU